AACCAAAACAAGACGCUAGCCUGCUGCUACUGAGUUUUUUGGAGGGGGGGUUGUGUAUACUUGCUUUUAGAAGCAUAUUUGUAAAGAUGUCAGCCGUGCAAAAUGACUCGAGGAAACGCAACAAGAAGAGGUAUGGAGCUGGCUACCACAGCAAGAGGUAUAAAGGGUCGAGGGAGCUGGAGGUGGGCAUGCAGGGCAUCCUCAUCACAUGCAACAUGAACGAGAGGAAAUGCACUGCAGAGGCCUACAACCUGCUCAGUGAAUACGCAGAUGAGCUGUUUGGGCCUGAGAAGUUGCAAGACAGUAGUGAAGAAGAGGAAGGUGAUGAAGAGGAUGUUGAGGACGCGCUGAAGAAGGAAGUGGCGCAGCUGAAAAAAACAGGAGUCAAACAAGAGAGGCGUUUCCAGGCGAUGGACAGCGGGGCAAACAACGUCAUCUUCAUCAAAACUCAAAAUCUGGAUUCUGACAAGCUGGUUCAUCACAUCCUGUCCGAUCUUCACACCACCAAGAAGAAGAAGUCCAGAGUGAUUCUCCGGAUGCUGCCGGUAACUGGAACCUGCAAGGCCUUCCAGGAGGACAUGGUGAAGUACCUGACCACGUUCCUGGAGCCUUGGUUCAAAGCCCCAAACUGUGGAACCUACCAGAUCGCUUUCAAGGCCCGAAACAGCAGCCACAACAAGAGGGACGAAAUCAUCAAAUCUAUUGCAGGUUUAGUGGGGAAGCUGAACCCUAAAAACAAAGUGGAUUUGACCAACCCAGAACUCACCAUCAUCGUGGAGGUCAUCAAGAACGUGUGUUGCCUCAGCGUGGUGAAAGACUAUGCGCUAUAUAGAAAGUACAAUGUUCAGGAAGUGGUGAAAGAGGACAUACCCAAGCCUGACGUGACAACGCCAAAAAUCGAUACGAGCACAGCUGAGCAGAAAGAGAAGAGUGAGGCAGAGGAGGCAAAACAAGAGGAGAAGACCGCCGAGGAAGAGACGGACAAAAAAGUACCGCAGGACAAGAAGGAGGAGGUUGAUAAGGGCGACGGUGAGGGGGAAUAACAGGUCACAUGGUCGAGGUAGAUUAAACUAUUUUUAAGACGUGAUCUUAAGUUGCUUUAUAUUGUAGUGUUUUUGUUUUUAAAGGUUCAAGGCGGAGAUAAGUCAAUUUUUUUUUGGUUCACAUCAGACGAGAACCUUUAUCUAAUUUAAUGUAUUUCUUUUUAUUAUCAGUACCGAGUUAAUAGAGGUGUCCCUUUUCAAAUAGCAAUGAAUUUUAAAUGAACUGUACAUGUCACCAUUACAUAUCGUAACUUUUCCAACAGCUGACAGCUUUUUUUUUUUUGUUAAAGGUGCAGUAUGUAGAGUUUAGUGGCAGAAACAGGAUAUUAUAUUCAUGACGAUGUUUUUAUUAGUGUAUAAUCAUUUAAAUAAGAAUAGUUGUGUUUGUAUUAGUUUAGAAGGAGUCCUUUUAUAUCUACAGGGAGCUGGUCCUCUUCCACACAGCCAGCGUUGUUGCACCACCAUGUUUCUACAGGAGCCCAGAACGGACAAAUUAAACACUAACUAGCCGAUAGAGAGGGUGUUUUAUGUUUUCUGUGAGUUUCGCUGCCACUUUAGGUUCUCCUACAUGUCGGCUGCAGUCUGCGACCUCACUGCUCGAUGCCAUUAAAUUCUUCACGCUGCACCUUUAAAACACAAACUUACAUUUUUUAAUUCAGUGACUUUUUUGGGGGUUUUUGUUUGUUUUUUGGCGUGAAAUCUGAAGUUUAGUUCAGGUUAACUGGUAUGCCCACAUUUAAUAACUGUCUGUUUUUGUAACUGUUAUUUCUUAAAACAGUCCCUGAAUUAAACCUUCCUGUGU